AUGCAGGCUUCCAGAGCUGAACCCAAGAAUGAACAUCCUUAUGAUCACCUACAGUUCUUCACUAUCCAGUCCUCACCGUCCGAAGACCCAGCAGGAAACCAAAUUUACCAUAAAAACGAUGAAAGAAGACGACAACAAUCUACGGAAAAUAUUGCUAUAAGUCGUCAUAUGUUAUCCGCUAUGAUAGCUUUUCUGGCCUUAUCCUUCUUGACAGUGGUUGCUACAUUGAUUUUAACUAUAAGGAUGAUGCCUACAGGAGCAAGUGAAACUAAAGGUAAUUUUUAGAUACUAAUUUGAAGUGAUUUUCUGUAACUCUGGCAGGCUCGAAGUUUGAAAAUUAGAUUCGAGUUUUAUACCGUUAUACCACGGUACCUCGAUUCCGCUAAUUCUUGGUAUCUAGUCUUGAAAUGGUGUCCUAAAACUGAAUUGAUAUUGAUUUAUUCGCUUUGAAUUCUCUUAUCAUUACUUUGAAAGAUAUCGAAAGGAGUCUUCGAGGAGCCGCAGUAAUCCCUGUUAAGGCAUUAAUUGAGGCUUUUUCGCUGAAAAUAAUCUAAUCAUUACUGAUACCGCUGUAAAAGACUAUCCUGCACUUCUGAUCUACUAACAUUAGCAUGAAAACAGUUAAGUCUAUGAUACGAACGACUUAAACGCUUAGUUACUUAGAAUGUAUCGCCCAAUGUAAGGUAAUCGGGAUUCUGGAAUCCGGGAAAUUUUUGCGUUUGGAAUCCGAAAUAGGAAUUCAUAGCGGAUGAGGAAGCGUAAUUGGUAAUUGAGAGCUUGCUCGCAGGCUAUGUACGUAUUUGGCAAUAUAAUUAACAAAAUGAAAUGGACAGCCAUCAACGACGACACAGCCCCUUUUUUACGCGCUUCUCUCUUGCCGGUUUAAACUUUCCGCGUGCCUCCAUAACUCUUUUGUCCCUCAGCAUAAGCAUGAACCAGUUCUUUCUUAAUUAUACCGGGGUGCUUCCCCAGUAGCAAACCCAAAAAGUGCUUCUUCUUCUACCAUAUAUAUAUCUGGUCAAAUUGGUAUUAGAUGCUUCAAUGUAAACCGAUUAUUUAUCUGUUACGCAGGUAUGGCUGAGGUAAAGCAACAGCUGAUCGAGUUAAGACAUGAAAUAAAAACUUUGAAAGUAAAUCAAACUGGAGGAGAAGGUAGAGUGUUUGAUAAAGGUAGGGUGAAGCCAACUUGCAGAAAGUAAAGAGUAGAAUUUGUAACCAAACUGAUCACUCCUUUUCCGAAACCAUAUUUACCUUGAAGAGAAAAUUAAUUUUAUGUAGUAAUAAUAGUCAAUGAUAUAGAUUGCAAGUUCUAUGAAGUUCUGUGAAGGAAUGAGUGUCUUAAUUGCUUGAUACUAGGAGAACCCGAAGUGAUCCCUUUACGUUUCAUUAGAAAGGGGUUGUAUCAUGAGAAUUCUACAAAUUCUAGAGUAAGACUACCCUACAAUCAUGGAAAAAAGUCUUGGGACAAGUUUGUUUUUGUACACUUUUUUACACACACACACACACGAACACCCCCCCCCCGCACAAACACACCAAACAAACAGUCGCUCGCGAAUGAACCUACACUUGCUCAGCCCCUCACCCCUACCUACAAUGUGGGCCAGUCUACACCAACGCAUGUUGGAAAGGGUAGCAUUGCUUGUUCAAACUUCAGUUGUAAAAUAUAUACACUAGAAAUACGCAAACCCUCGCGAAACUCAGUGUGCCAGUCAAGUUAAACUUGUGUGACGGGGUUGGAUAUAUUUAUUGAGCCUACUCGUGUUUCUGCAUCGCGGUGCGAAGGUCGCUCGUUCCACGCGCGAGUUAGGAACCUCGGCCACGCGAGGGCCUUCCAUUCUCUCUCCGCGAGGAGUAAUUCAUGGCUUAAUCUUAUCGUUCUGAGGAGUUUUGGAUACAAUUGUAGAAUUAAACUACUUACACUCGUUGAUGCAAAAAUGGCCUCUCCUGCCUCUAAACAUAAGCGUGCGGGAAGCGCAAGAAAUUGAAUUUGACUUAAUUCUGAUUGACCUGAAUGGUGGAUAAAUUGCAGUGUUAUUGGUCGUCUGUCGGUUAUUGGCAGUGAGGACUCUAAUUUCGAUCCAUCUUUUGUCACAGUUACAACGGUCGUUUUAUUGUUAGUCAAAUUGUCAGUUGUCCAUUCACUCUACUGAAGCCAGUCUUGCUUGAGUCCGUUGAUAAGUCGUUUUGAAGGUGCCGGUAACUUCUGACUACGAUUCAGCCGCGUUUGUUCCUAGUUGGUAAAUCAGCUUUCUUUUGUGAAUCGUUGAUAGCAGUCUGAGAAACACGUAAGGCAGGUCGUAGAGUCAGUGUCGAUUUGGUGGUUCGUCUGUAACUGGUGUUCAACAAUGUCAUCAUAGCCAUAAACAUCACGGCUUAACUGACAGAUGAACAACAACAUCACGAUUUAAUUGACCAGCCAGAUCGAUAAACUACGUCUAUAACUAGAAAAUACGUGUAUCGCAGAACUUCGAGAGGCUCUGGCCCAUAAAAUGACAGGGAUGGGAGGGCGGGAGAGAAUUGGUGAAAUGUGUAGCUGAGGAGGGCGGGAUUCAACACUAGCUCUAAUAUGACUAAUAUUGGAUGGUGAGAUGUACUUAAUCUCCUUUUGGUUGGAGUAAAUUUGGACCCAGUUCUUUGGCUAAAACGAUCCUCUGGGAUUUAAAUGGGAUUGCUGUUGUCGAGGAAAGGUAGCCAAUCUUGCAUUAGUCCCGUGUUCACCCUAUUUGACCCUUCUACAUGUGUAAUUAUAGUCAAAAGGAAAUGGGUGUGAUAGUGAAUAACUGCAGGCUAACAUUCAGUUGCGUUUGCUUAAUAUUUGGGAUAGAUGGCAUCUCUAAUAAUAAGUGUAAUUAUAAUUCACUAUUUGUGAAGUGUGUCAGUAGUAGUGAGUGGAUGAAAUGGUAGGAGAUUAUGCUGCGGUCAAAACAACAAGUAAAUGCUGGUAAUUGAAGGAAAAAAUAUAUUAUAUUGUUACGUGAACUACAGCAAUGAGAGUGUUUGCACUUGUCUUAGUUUAUAAUCACACUUGACAACUAAUUGUUUGUAAGCAACAGUAAGGUGCAAACAUAAUCACUGAAAUAGAAAUUACAUUAGCAAUGUCUUAAGGGUGCAGUUCAGGAGAAUUUUGAAAGUGAUCAUGACUAUUGAACGCAAGAGGGAAUUAUGAAAUGUUAACGUACAAGUCAUGUUGAAGAUGAUCAGUUUCUCAAUUCUCAACAUGCAUGAGCUUGUUGAGACAUGGUUGUCAGAGGCAUAGUUUUUGAAAUUCCCAGACUGAUCAUGACAGUCAAAUGUACACUUUCCUGACCAAAUAAGUUGACAAUUUGUGCAGACAAUGGCUUCUAAACUCCGGUCAAAACCUCGUGUACUGGACACAAAUGACGUAAAACAAAAGACUUCUUUGUUGUCUGUUCAGGGAAAAAUCUUCUUGGUAUUGUUUCAUGGUUUUUGUUCUUUUGUUUUAUGUCAUCUGUGUUGGGUACACGAAGUAAAUGACCAAACUCCCAUCACAGCCGGCCAUCCUCUCCACCCAUUUAUUACAUGAAUUUAUCGUGAAUGUAAAGUGCAGAAUGGAUAGAUAUUACAGGAAACCCUAUAGGUGCUUGUCGUUUAAUUUCUUGAAACAAUAUUCUGCCAAUGGAACAUGUUUAACUUCUGUAAGUAUGUCUCCUCCCUCUGACUUCUAUGAAAGAGUUAAAUUUUCCCUGACUCAUAUUGUCAUACAUGUCACACAAUAAUAUUCCGAGGAGAUCCGAAAUACACAUGUUAUUUUGAUUUCUCAAUCUCACAAGCUCAUUUAAGUUUUGCACCCCCUUAUGACUACCACUCACUACUCACCCCACCCCUCCCCAUCGAAGGCACUCCCCAAAUUGGCAAUUAUUACUAGUAUAAACCUAUUGCUUUUUUUGCUCUUUUCGUUGCCGUCGCCGUCACCGUCGUCGUUGCUCAAGCUCCCUAUUGUUGUGAUCUAGUAAUUUUGCUACCACGGUAACGCGACGUCACACGUCUCCUCUCUAUUUUGAAUAAUUUUAAGGUCAUCUUUUCUGAACAGCUAAGAAGAACUGUGCUGAGCUAUACAAAGCUGGCAAAACAAUCAGCGGUGUGUACCCAAUCGACCCUGAUGGUGAAGGUGCCUUUAAUGUGUUCUGUGAUCAAAAAACAACCGGAGGGAGGUGGACAGUGUUCCAGAAGAGACUGGACGGCUCGGUUGAUUUCUACCGUUACUGGGAUGACUACAAAAAUGGGUUUGGUAACCUGAAUGGUGAGUUCUGGCUUGGAUUGGACAAGAUUUACCGCCUGACGGAAAAGAAACGCAACUACCUUCGAGUUGAUCUGGAGGACUUUACAUCCAGCACUGCUUACGCUGAAUAUGACAUGUUUGCAGUUACAAACGAAAAGACUAAAUACAAGCUCAGUCUUGGAAGGUACUCAGGUAUCGUGCUUGGAAUGUAUUUAAUUUUGCUGUAUAGUAUUUUGUCUUCGUGUCUUAAUUAUUCGUUCAAAGCUUGUUUGUUAGCGGUUUCUUGACUUCUUGCAAACUUGAAAACUCUAGGAAGUUUCAAAAGGAGCUCAGUUACUUUUCCAAACGUAGCCCCCCUCUUGUACUUCAAUACUAGAUUACAUUCAGGUAUUCUACUCCAAACAUUCCUUGUAAAAUGUCCUUGUAUGACUCCAGGAACUGCUGGUGACUCAUUAUUACGGCAUCAUUAUGGCCAUCCGUUUUCCACUAAAGACCGAGAUCAUGAUGCUGACAGAGGCAACUGCGCUGUGCUUUACCAAGGAGCCUGGUGGUACAGUAAGUGCCAUGAUUCAAACCUGAAUGGUUUUUAUUACAACGGUUCAAAUCCAUCUAAAGGUCAAGGUAUCAUCUGGCGUACAUGGAAAGGAACUCACUACUCUGUCAAGAGAGCUGAGAUGAAAAUCAGACCGGUCAACUUUUAGAACUUUUACGGAACCCUAGGACGUCUUGUUUCUGUUUUAGUUUCCAAGGAACAAACAAAAUUUCCUGGUAAAAUACCGCAUUUACUUGAAUAAGCGCCGCCCCGAUUUAGUGCCGCCCUGAAAUAAGCGCCACAUUUGGGACAAAAAUAGUUAAAAGUGCCACCCCAAAUACGCGGCGCGGCCCCGAUGCAAUCAAAACCAAAAGACGUUUCUGUCAUAAAAUAAAAUAAUAUCGGUUACUGAAAAGAAACAGUUCUUUAUCGCCCCCAACUUUAAAAUAAGAGCAGCCUCGAAUAAGCACCGCAUUUGAGACAUGAAAAUUUUAAUAAGCACCGUGGCGCUUAUUCGAGUAAAUACAGUAAUGUCAAAGGAAUCGGUGAUUAUAAAACAGCUUUAAGCCAUUUUCAUUGCCAUCGGCAUUCAUAGGCGUCUUAGCAACACAUCAGCAUGCGACGUCCAUUAGAAAAUGUACGAAAAAAGCUUUUUAUUAUCAUGGAUGUGAAGUUUUUAAUCGUAAUUUGUAGUUUUUAUUGAUAGUUUGUAAUAAUUUUUACCCUUUUUUAGGAUAUUUUUCUAUUAGUUUAGUUAGGACUAGUUUUAAAUAUUUUUAACAUAUUUUUAUAUUUCUUUUUUAUCUAGGGCCUCUAAGGGUAUCAGUUUUUGUAACUGUAGGAGUUUCCCUAGCUAAAUAAAAGUAUCUUCUUCUUCUUCCUCUUCUUCUUCUUCUUCCUCAGUCUGCUGAUAGAAAAAAUGCAUUGGUCUAACCACAAAAUCGAACGCAGAAGCAGUUUAAUCCAGUAGCUGAGGUCGGAAAAUUGUCGUUUCGUUCAACCCACGGGUCAGAAAAGGUCUGAUACCGGAUUUUGGUAGAUCAAGUCCCCCUGAUUAUUGCCUAAUAAUUUGUAAGGUCAAUUUGUGGUAUAGGUUUGGAGUAAAUGGCGAUUUUAUUUCACGCACCUUACGGUCCAGCAUGAAAACGAGGCUGGAACCUGAAUCACCAUUUACCUGCUAAUUCUUUCUUAAAAAAUCGCUAAAAAAUGGUAACUAACUUAAUGUUCAACGAAGUUGACCUCUUUCUCAGUUUUGGUUAAUAUAGAAUACUCUUAUAAGGUUUUUCACAAGCUGCCAUCUUGGUGUGCGAGUGCGCAUGGAAUUAGGGACAGCUCAUAGCACAAACCUUCCUUCAAAUCGAUUUGUUGGGUGUUAAUCUGUAGCUGAGAUCUCUGUCAGCGUUAUACAGUAACAACCUUGUCAUCUACAGCCUUAACAAUCUCUCGGACAUGGUACUAAAUGUAUUUACCUUCAAGCUUGGAACAGGAUCCCAAAGAUUUACAGUAGUAGUGUUCAAAGAUUUUCGUCUGUUCUCGACCUUUUUCAUUACUCUAACAAGGCCCUCUGCAACAUUUGAAGUCAGUUCUACGCCGGUAGCAAAGUUGACUAGAGACUCCGUUUCUUGCACGAAAGGGUCACUCAAUAAACCAGACAAGGGAAAAAUAGUCAACAAGCUUCCUGACGUCUUCUUAAUCGCGCGUCAAUCUCUUCGAUGCGGCCUUCUUGUGAUGUUACGUGGUCACUUUCUGUCAGAACCACACAUCUUUUUCACAGCUAUGAGGCUCUUUGGUGAAUAGUUAGAAACAAUCUUUCUAGCGAUCGUGGACUUCGAGAUAUGCCAACACUCCCACCCUUUGACUUCGAGUCAGCUACGUAAAUUGCUCUAGUUAAGACAAAACACUUCUUUGUUGCCUGUUCAGGGAAAAAUCUGCUUGGUAUUGUUUCAUGGUUUUUGUUCUUUUGUUUUACGUCAUCUGUGUCGGGUACACGAAUUAAAUGACCAAACUCCCAUCACAGCUGGCCAUCCUCUCCACCCAUUUAUUACAUGAAUUUAUCGUGAAUGUAAAGUGCAGAAUGGAUAGAUCUUAUAGGAAACCCUAUAUCUGCUUGUCGUUUAAUUUCUUGAAACAAUAUUUUGCCAAUGGAACAUGUUUAACUUCUGUGAGUAUGUCUCCUCCCUCUGACUUCUUUGAAAGAGUUAAAUUUUCCCUGACUCAUAUUGUCAUACAUGUCACACACUAAUAUUCUGAGGAGAUCCGAAAUACGCAUGUUAUUUUGAUUUCUCAAUCUCACAAGCUCUUUUAAGUUUUGCACCCCCUUAUGACUACCACUCACUACUCACCCCACCCCUCCCCAUCGAACGCACCCCCCAAAUUGGCAAUUAUUACUAGUAUAAAGCUAUUGCCUUUUUUGCUCUUCUCGUUGCCGUCGCCGUUACCGUCGUCGUUGCUCAAGCUCCCUAUUGUUGUAAUCUGGUAAUUUUGCUACCAUGGUAACGUGACGUCACACGUCUCCUCUAUUUUAACUAAUUUUAAUUUUAAUACUAGCUAAGAACUGCGCUGAACUAUACAAAGGUGGCAAAACAAUCAGCGGUGUGUACACAAUCGACCCUGAUGGUGAAGGUGCCUUUAAUGUGUUCUGUGAUCAAGAAACAACCGGAGGGGGGUGGACAGUGUUCCAGAAGAGACUGGAUGGCUCGGGUUCUUUCAACCGUUACUGGGAUGACUACAAAAAUGGGUUUGGCAACCUGAACGGUGAGUUCUGGCUUGGAUUGGACAAGAUUUACCGCCUGACGGAAAAGAAACGCAACUACCUUCGAAUUGAUCUGGAGGACUUUUCAUUCCGCACUGCUUACGCUGAAUAUGACAUGUUUGCAGUUACAAACGAAACGACUAAAUACAAGCUCAGUCUAGGAAAGUACUCAGGUAUCGUGCUUGGAAUGUACAGUGGAACCCCGCCAUACGACCACCCCGUUAUUACGACCACUUUUUUGUGGCCCGAACAAAAGCCCACUCAUUUUCUUAUCUUAAAACCCCGUUAAUCCGACCACCCAGUUAUUACGACCAGCGACCACCUUUGGGAGUCCUGAGUCUUAAUUUUCUUUAUAAAAUUACCCCAUUAAUACGACCAGUCAAAAUGUUUGUUGGGGUUGCUGAAUGAAAACAGACACCAUCUGACAAACAAUAACGCAUUACUAAUAUUUUAUUGAAUGUUUUUAGGCAAAGGUGUUAGUGGUUAGCAUGACAUCCGGUAAAUUGCAGUGUUCAGUAAAAAGGAUGCAUGAAUGAAUAAUACACAAAAGAUCUGAAAGACUUCACUUUGCAGCAUUUCGAGGCUCUCAACAGUUAUUUUGCCUUCUUGUUUCUGCUGCCCUCCACUGUGGCUUUUCUCUUCAAGUCCAUUUCCUGUUCUUUUCUCACAGAUCGGUUAUUUGCAAUGUCUAAUAAUUUGUUAAGCAUAUCAACGUUUCAUGUCUGUCCAGUAAACUUGUAAACGCAUGGGAUUUCCAUCCCGUAUCCUCCCCCACGAUUAACGGCUUUCCCAACAACUUGAACUUGUGCUUUGCCUCCUUUCUUUGGUGAGAAACGGCGAAUAAUUCCAGUUCCCUGCUUCGUGCUAGCUAUUGCCCUUGGCACAUGUCCAACAACAUCCUUAUCCUUUGUCACAGCUAUAACGUUAUUGUAAGGUUGUCAAUUAACUGCAAAAAGGUUGAUUUAUAGCGGAUUAAAGGUAUACAUGUAGUAGAAUGUAGCUUAAAAGCAUUUUGCACCAUAAUUUGACCCUACCCCGUUAAUACGACCACUCCGUUAAUACGACCAAAUUUCCAUGGGCCGAAGGUGGUCGUAUUAACGGGGUUCCACUGUAUUUAAUUUUGACGUAUAUUAUUUUAUCUUCGUAUUAUUCGUUCAAAGCUUGUUUGCUAGCGGUUUCUUGACUUCUUGCAAACUUGAAAACUCUAGGAAGUUUUAAAAGGAGCUCAGUUACUUUUUCAAACGUAGCCCCCCUCUUGUACUUCAAUACUAGAUUAUAUUCAGGUAUUCAGUACUCCAAAUAUUCCUGGUAAAAUGUCCUUGUAUGACUCCAGGAACUGCUCAUGACGCAUUAUUUUGGUAUCGUGGCAGUCCGUUUUCCACCAGAGACCGAGAUCAUGACUCUGACAAAGGCAACUGCGCUGCCCAUUUCCAAGGAGCCUGGUGGUACAUAAAUUGCCUUAAUGCAAACCUAAAUGGUUUUUAUUACAACGGUUCACAUACACAUAAAGGUCAAGGCAUCAUCUGGCGGACAUGGACAGGACUUCAGUACUCUCUCAAGAGAGCUGAGAUGAAAAUCAGACCGGCCUUCUUUUAG